AUGUAUUCAUUAUCGUUGAUAAAACAAUCAAAUCAAUUGGAUAAAAGUUCAUCAUCAUCCGCAUUAUCACAUCGAACGUUUGAUAAGAAUAUCACUGUACGCUUUGAAUUAAAUGAAUUUGAUACAGUGGCUCAAGUGUAUCCCGAACUAACGACAAUCGAAGAGGUUCUCGACGAUGUGUCGUCAAAAUUUCAAUUGUUACCAAAAUACGUAUCGAUAAAGCAAAAGUUUGGUCCAAAACUACCAAAAACCGCCAGACUAUAUCAAUUGUGUACAAAUGACUUUGGUAUUUUGGAUGUUGGACUUAGUUUAAGCGAUUUGGCCAAUCACAUCAAUGAAAGUAUACGUGUCGAACACGAAAAAAUUCGACUUGACACAAAUUUAUAUUAUCGACAAAACCUAUUGCCCGACUUUAUAUCGGUGACCAUUCCCGAUAAAGACGAUCCAUUGAACUUGAAACGUAUCAUUGUGGAAAUUAUAAACAUUCCGAUAAUCAAACCAUUUUUAGGUGGAUACAUAAACAAACAAACUGGUGUUGUUUAUCAUAAUGCUUACACCCAAACUGGCCCAUUGAAAGAGCAAAUUAUCAAAUACAGUGGCUUGAUGACCCGAGACACCCAAACAACCAAUGAUUCGAUAUUGAGCGGUGACUUUUGCAAUAAAAAUCAAAUGACGGAUCCAAAAAACGAUAACUUAUCGAAAUUGAAGAGCAAUCAAAUGGCUAUUGUAAUCCAAAGAUCAUUUCGGCUUUAUUUAUGGAAACGUUUCAUUCACAAUCUUUCAGUAGAACGAAGGUUUAUCGCAAGCCGACAAAAUGAAAAUAAUACCGAAAUAAGAGAAUUAAAAGAUCAAUGUUCGACGGAAAUUUCACCGGUAGACAAGGUCAUUGUGAUUGGUUCGCCGCAAACACGAAAUGAUUUCCAGUUAUUAGAAUCAAAGGUUCAGAAAUGGAAAGAAAGUAAAGUAAGCGAUGUGCAACGAAUUUUCAGUUAUUCUCUUUAUCAUCAUGCGCAACAGCUGGAAUUUUCAAAGUUACUCGAAGACGAAAUUCGAAUUUUAAACGAAAUCGAAAGAAAACGGAAUAAAAUACGCAAAGAAGCAUACGAUAAGCACAUGGAUGAAAUGUUAGAUAGAAUGGGCGCACCAAUCAGAUGGAUUGGCUAUAAAAAUAUUAAAUGCGAAAUGGAUUUGCUGCAAUGCCAAAAGAUCAGAAAACUGACCACUUUGUAUCGACAACUUAAAACAUCCGAACCGAAGAUUGACCGCAUUGAAUUUUUAAACGAAUUGUAUAUGAUUUUGACGGAAGAACCACAUUCCAAAAUCUUAGACGAGUUGCUGGACUUGUUGAAACGCGAACAAAAAAUGCUGUUGGCAUGCAUCGAUAAAGGAACCGUUGAAUCAUUACGCUGUCGCCAAAAUGAACUUUUUCGCAGAUAUAUCUCGUUGCAAAAGGUGUAUAAGCCACCAUCACCAGAUGCAGCCACAUCCUAUGUUAAUCAUUAG